UCCACUACAACCUGAACAAUUUGUGUCGCAGACCCAAGCCUACCUCACUGCCAUGGAUUCGUUGCGCGUCGCCACUACACCGCCACCUCUCCUCCGCCGACAAGCUCUCUACCAAAUGGCGCGCCAACCACUCGCGGCGCGUCCUAGCCCCAGGCCCUUGAUCGCCGCCACGCUUUCCAAGCCGCCGGAGGCCGCGCACUCUUCCUCCCCCGCGGCAGCCGUCGUAGAGGGUCCCCCGCUUGUGGCUCCCCCGCGCCCCCGGGUCUCGCCGGAUACCCUCCAGUAUCCACCCGGAUACGUAGGUGCGGUUCCCCACCGGUCACGCUCUGACAGUGGUGGCGACGGCGUGAUGAAUGCGAUGAAUUAUUUGACGAAUAUUCUCACUUCGAAGGUCUACGACGUAGCAAUUGAGUCCCCUCUGCAAUUGGCGCCAAAGCUUUCUGGGAAACUCGGGGUUAAGGUUUGGCUCAAGAGAGAGGAUUUGCAACCUGUUUUCUCAUUUAAGAUUCGUGGAGCUUACAAUAUGAUGGCAAAGCUUCCCAGAGAGUUGUUGGAAAAGGGGGUUAUCUGCUCGUCUGCUGGGAAUCAUGCUCAAGGAGUUGCAUUUUCUGCCAAGAGAUUGAAUUGCAGUGCGGUGAUUGUUAUGCCUGUUACCACCCCAGAAAUCAAGUGGAAAUCUGUGGAAGCGCUGGGUGCUAAGGUUGUGCUUGUGGGGGAUUCAUACGAUGAAGCACAAGCAUAUGCUAAGAAGCAGGCGAUAGAGGAGGGUAGGACAUUCAUACCACCUUUUGAUCAUCCCGAUGUCAUCAUGGGUCAGGGAACAGUUGGGAUGGAAAUUGUGCGCCAAAUUCAGGGUCCAGUGCAUGCAAUCUUUGUUCCUGUGGGAGGGGGUGGUCUCAUUGCUGGUAUUGCUGCUUAUGUGAAGAGGGUUAAUCCAGAGGUGAGGAUUAUUGGGGUGGAGCCCUCUGAUGCAAAUGCAAUGGCGUUGUCAUUCCAUCAUGAUCAGAGAGUGAUCUUGGACCAGGUUGGAGGAUUUGCAGAUGGUGUGGCUGUUAAAGAGGUUGGCGAAGAAACUUUCCGAAUAUGCAAGGAGUUGGUAGACGGUGUUGUUCUUGUGAGCCGUGAUUCAAUUUGUGCGUCAAUAAAGGAUAUGUUUGAGGAGAAAAGGAACAUAUUGGAACCAGCAGGUGCACUUGCACUUGCUGGAGCUGAGGCAUACUGCAGGUACAAUGGGAUCCGGGGUGAAAACAUUGUAGUAAUCACCAGUGGAGCAAACAUGAAUUUUGAUAAACUUCGCGUUGUAACUGAGCUUGCAAAUGUUGGUCGUAAACAAGAGGCUGUGCUGGCCACUGUUAUGCCGGAGGAACCUGGCAGUUUCAAACAAUUUUGUCAAUUGGUGGGGCAAGUGAACAUCACAGAAUUCAAAUACAGAUACAACUCUGAUAAAAAGGCGGUUGUACUUUACAGCGUUGGGGUUCACACAGUCUCCGAGCUAAGAGCAAUGCAGGAGAGGAUGGAAUCUUCCCAACUCAAAACUUUCAAUCUCACAGAAAGUGACUUGGUGAAAGACCACUUGCGUUACCUGAUGGGAGGCAGAUCAGAUGUUCAGAAUGAGGUUCUUUGUCGUUUUACAUUUCCAGAAAGACCCGGUGCCUUGAUGAAAUUUUUAGACUCCUUCAGUCCACGUUGGAAUAUUAGUUUAUUCCAUUACCGAGGGGAGGGUGAGACUGGAGCAAAUGUUCUAGUUGGAAUACAGGUACCCAAAAGUGAGAUGGAUGAAUUCCAUGACCGUGCCAACGGACUUGGAUAUGAUUAUCAAGUGGUGAACAAUGAUGGUGACUUCCAGCUUCUAAUGCACUGAUCAUGGUUUUAAGCACUUGUCAUUACUGUGCAUUUUAGUGGACAAAAUGCUCAUAUUUAAUAUUUCAUCACUCACCUCUACAAGUUGGAUGUGGAAAAGCUGAAAAAGAAGUGCCUCUUCAGACAUGUCAUUGGUUGUUGAUUAGAGGAAGUAGCUCUUGUUACCUAGUGCGGCAUCCUGUAACAGUUUUUAUAAUGUGUAGUUUUAUUUUAUAUUUAUUUUGGAAAGCAUUGGAGGAGUCCUAUAAUAUUGUUGACUGAUCUUUCUUUUUUUGUUUUUUUUUUCUGUAAUAUAAGCGUCUUUUGUUUGCUAAACUCAGCAGCCUGAAUAUGUUUGAAAAACUUGAAUUUAUGGUCUUGCAUUAAUGGAAAGGAACAACCUUCGCAGGUGCCAAUGCUGACACCAUGAUAUGGGGUUGGGCCUACUUUUAUUAAA